AUGCCUGAGGUGGUGGCUGUGGCCAAUGGCGAUGUGUCCCACAAGGUGUCGAAGCAGUUGCUGACUAUAGUCGCCAAGAAGCUGUCCAAGAAGCAGAGGAAAUCCCGCAAGCAGAGCUAUUCUGCUUAUGUGUACAGAGUGCUGACCCAGGUCCACCGUUCCACCAGGAUCUCAUCCAAUGCCAUGAGUGUUUUGAAUUCCUUUGUUGUUGACAUUUUUGAGUGCAUUGCCUCAGAGGCUUCACACCUCAUUCACUACAACAAGCGCCACACCAUCUUGGCCAGGGAGAUCCAGAACGCCAUCCGCCUCAUGCUGCCAGGGGAAGUGGCCAAACACGCCAUCUCUGAAGGCACCAAAGCAGUCACCAAAUACACCAACUCCGCUUAG